AUGAAGCAAAACCAAGUCUUCGCCGCGAGAUUAUCUCCGAUAAUCAUGAAGAUCGUGAAAAAAAAGCUUCCUUUGAAGAAGAAGAUAAUGAAGAAGAAGAAGAAGAGUAUUAGUAUCUCUGAUUCGUCGUCUUGGGUCAAAUCGCGGUUGCUCGGAAGAGGAGCUUACGGUUCGGUUUAUCUGGCCAAGAGCAAAACCGACCAAACAGAGCGAGCCCUCAAAUCGGCAGAGUUUUCACGCGCUACAAGCCUCAUGGAGGAAGCGAAGAUCUUAAUCAGUUUGAAUUCUUCAUACGUCGUCCGUUGCUACGACGCCGAGAUCGUGAGGGAAGAGAACGAUAUGCAGUACAAUUUGGUUCUCGAGUAUUGCUCAGGGAAAACGAUCGCCGACUUGAUCGAGGACAAUCACGGGGAGUUGCUUGAGUCUGAAGUUAAGCAGUUGGCUAGAGAUAUCGUGUUAGGUCUCAGAUACAUACAUGCCCGUGACGUAAUUCACUGCGAUAUCAAGCCGGACAACCUCUUGCUCUGCCCUGUCGAUGACGGCUACGUGGCAAAGAUAGGUGAUUUCGGUUUAGCGAUGGAGAAAGGGUCGAUGGAGUACGGUGACGGGUACGGCCACAAGAGAGGCACGACAAGAUACAUGUCGCCUGAGAUGAUGAGCCAUGGGAUGGUUGAUUAUAAAGCGGACGUGUGGGCGUUUGGAUGUUCUGUUCUGGAGAUGUUGAGCGGAGAAUCAGUUUGGGGAGAACAUGGCGAUCUCUGCUCUGAUGAUUGGGCCAAUCUCAUUGGUCACAGCGAUCUCAUGCCUCGUCAACCAGUUUGGUUGUCUACUCAAGCUAAAGACUUUUUGAGCAAGUGCUUGGAGAGAGACGUUCACAAGAGGUGGUCCAGUUAUAACCUCUCCAACCAUCCCUUUGUUGCGCUUUGA